AUGUUCCUCAGCCAGUCUGGCGGCAGGAGCCUGCCAUCAGCUUUGCCGCCGUUGGUUCCACCGAGGAGGACAUCGACUGCCCAGCCGGCCCCGCGUCCUUCGUUUGAGGUCGUUCUCAAUUUAAGCCCGAGCAAGCAAUCAGAAGCAGCUCUUGGGAGGACGGUAGAGGACGAUGCGGAUGACUUGAUGACCUCGGGCGUCUCCCCCCAGUUCAGAAAAUUGGCAGCGCAAGCCGCAUCGGAUGUGAGCCUUGCCAAGCCGGCUUUACCAAUCUUCACUCCGGACGAGCUAGAUGUAGCCUCGCCUGGGACAGGUCCUCUUCCGCCGCAGCCUCGGAAACGUGGCCGGCCAAAAGGCUUCCGACCAAACCGGCCGGGCACAAAGACUUUGCAGGAUGAGCCUCCGGCAACGGGGCCGAGAAAUUUGCGGCCGGACAGGCCCAAGACCGGUGCUCUGUACGCAGGCAGAAGACGAGGGCGUCCCCCAAAGGCACCAUCGCCGCAGCCAAGAACCAUCUACGAGGGACUGAACCCACACUUCAACGUCUUCAUCUGCGAGUGGAAGGGGUGCAGAGCCGAGCUGCACAACUUUGCAACACUGCGGAAGCAUGUCCUCGUGGUCCAUGCGAGAGCCGAACCGUUUGCGUGUCAAUGGGCCCGAUGUGCCGAGCAGCAGCCGGCUCGCAUAUUCUCCACAUCUGCGCACCUCAAGACUCACUUGGAGGAUCUACAUAUGGCUCCAAUCGCCUGGCAGGUAGGGGACGGGCCACAGGUGUCAUUCAAGCGAUACGUGCCCGAUAACGGGACCGAGCUCCCAGGCUAUCUUUUCGACAAGGCGGGCCAUCAGGUCACACCGUCUAUACGAGAUCAGAAGGAGGAAGACUUUUACACGUGGCGCAACAACAGACGGAGGCUCAAGAACCUUUUGCUCCUACGAGAUCAGAAUAUGACAAGUGAGGGAGAAGACAACGGGACGGAGGAGACGACGGAAGAGAGAUGA